GUAUUAUUACCCACAGAUAUAUGGGUAAGGUACAGCUCAGCUUUACGUAUCACAGUUCGUACACUGAUUACAUCGCGAAAAAUAAAUAAAAUAUAAAAUAAAACACUUUUUCUUAUCCCACGGCUGCAAUACAUGUUUCUAGAAAACUUAUCCACACAGGCACAUAGAUAUGUCAAUUCAGAUCCGCAUCACUGUUUUUCUCCCCAUAAAUACGCGGACGCAGCAGAUAGAGAGCAAUAUCACAAACAAAAAAGAAAAACACACAGCCAAAAUUCAAGAGAUAAAAAAAGUAUGAGUUCGAAAGUAGUGUCAAGCGCCCAACAAAGCCUGUAUUUAUCCACGAAACUCAACAAAAAACCAAUCCCACAUCGCAUUUCCGCCAUAUCUUUCUCCUCUAAGGUUUCAAAAUCAAAAAUUUCAUCCAGAGCCCGGAGACCGGCCCGGGUAGUGUCCUUCUACGCGCCGCCGUCCGAGACGGCGGAGACACUGUACGAGGUUUUGGGAAUAGCAGAGAACGGGAGCACGAUGUCGGAUAUCAAGAGAGCGUACAAGCAGAUGGCGCGUAAGUACCACCCAGAUGUGUCCCCACCGGAGCGCGUGGACGAGUACACGCGCCGAUUUAUUCUGGUGCACGAGGCCUACGAGACCCUGUCCGACCCCAAUUCCAGGGCUUCCUACGACCGGGGUUUGGCCACCGGUUUUGGUUUUGCCUAUGGAAAAUCGGGCCCACGUAAUCAGGAAAUGAAGGGAAAAGAGGAAUGGAAAAGCAGGUGGGAAUCACAACUGGAUGCGCUCAAGCGAAUGGGAGGGAAUAGGAAUUCCUGCGGGAGAACGACUUGGGGCUCCCGAAUGCGCAACCAAACAUGACCUUAUAUAUUUGACUAUUUUAUUUUAUUUUUUCUUUGCAAUCUCCUCCUAAGUAGUGUUGGUUGGUAUCGGUGUCUUAGGGAGUAGGGACUCGUCUUUUAGUGAAGUCACUGUUUGCAUAUGUUGUAUAUAUAUUGUAAACAAAUUCUCGAUACGGAAGUUUUGAAUGGUCUUCUAUCUUCUUUAAAUUCAAUCUCAAGUCGUUCCAACAAACUCUUCUGUUUAUUCCUUGUUAACUAGUGCAGAGCCCGUGCGAUGCACGUGGUGCACAAUUUUAAGGCUAUUUAUCCAAGCUUAUAAUUAUAUACAUGAAUAA